UCACCUUACUUUGCUGCCACUUUCAAAUGGAAUUACUGCUGUUGGAUUAAGGGGGGAACUGCGCUAUAUGGCUCUCUGGCGCUAAACAAGUUCACUUAUAUCGUUCAGUGGCGAUUUGUCUGAGCGACAGAUUGGAUCGCAGGCACGUCUUGCAGCGCUGGGGAGAUUGUUACAUGAGAUCCUGGGUUUCUGUAGAUGGAAGGGCAGAUCGUGAGUGAUCCAGUCUGAGAGAUACGUGUGGGGAGAGGCUGCUGGAGAGUGCUGGGUGGCACCGGCAUAAGCACCAAGCGUGUAGAGUUGCAGAUGUGCCCCGGUGCAGACCCCUCGGCCCCCCGACUCUGUGGGGUGACAAAGUACAAGUGGAUGAAGCAGAAGUCGCAGCGUCCAGUCUCCAGGCGGCUCGCAUAGAGCGACCCCCUUCCGCCUUGUAUCUGAUGAGUCUUAUCAGCACUGACAAUUGUCAAUCAAAGCAUUAAACUCCAGUUGACAGGACGCGGUGGCUAAAGACCACAGGGAAACUUUUCUCCGGACACACACUGAGCCCCUUCCAUGUGGCCCCUGUGCACACUCACCAUCCCGAUCAGAUGAGACAGGGAAGCCAGACGGGUACCACUGGGUGACUGUGACAUCUCCACCAGUGUCGCCGACCCGCACCUUCUAGCAUCCUGCCCAGUGCAAUGAACAUGCCUUCUUGGCUCAUUUUCCUCGUUACUGGCUGGACUUUCUGUGACAAGUUAUUUGUGUGCAGUGGCCUUGACUAUGAUUAUCCUAUUUAUGACAACGAAGAGGAAAAAAAUGAGGCCAUCGAUUACAAAGAUCCUUGCAAAGCCGUUGUCUUUUGGGGAGAUAUUGCCUUAGAUGAAGAAGAUUUAAAAAUGUUUCACAUAGACAGGACGAUUGACCUGACACAACAUUCGAAUGAAAAGCUGGGACACACCACAGGUGGCCUUGAAGAACAUGACCUAUCAAAAAGGAGAGGAGCCCUCUAUCAGCUUAUUGAGAGGAUAAGAAGAUUUGGCUCUGAAAAUGCAACAGCAAAUUCACAAAAAGCAGAUACUACACAGUCUUGGAAGAGUAAGAAAAUUAGAACACCUAGAGCAGCUACGUCACGAACAGAGAGAAUAUGGCCCGGAGGAGUUAUACCGUAUGUCAUUGGGGGCAAUUUCACUGGCAGCCAGAGAGCAAUGUUUAAGCAGGCCAUGAGGCAUUGGGAAAAACAUACCUGUGUAACAUUCAUAGAACGAACAGAUGAAGAGAGCUACAUUGUGUUUACUUACAGGCCUUGUGGUUGCUGUUCAUAUGUGGGAAGAAGAGGAAAUGGCCCCCAAGCAAUAUCAAUUGGCAAAAACUGCGAUAAAUUUGGAAUAGUUGUCCAUGAGCUAGGCCACGUGAUUGGCUUUUGGCAUGAACACACUCGACCAGACAGAGAUGACCAUGUGACCAUAAUCAGAGAAAACAUUCAACCAGGACAAGAAUACAAUUUUCUGAAAAUGGAACCAGGGGAAGUGAAUUCACUGGGAGAAUCAUAUGAUUUUGACAGCAUCAUGCAUUAUGCAAGGAACACCUUCUCAAGGGGUAUGUUUUUGGAUACAAUUCUUCCUUCCCGAGAUGAAAAUGGUUUAAGGCCCCCUAUUGGUCAACGAACCCGACUAAGCAAAGGAGAUAUUGCACAAGCAAGAAAACUCUACAGAUGUCCAGCUUGUGGAGAAACUUUGCAAGAAUCUACAGGGAAUUUUUCAUCACCUGGGUUUCCAAAUGGUUACCCUUCCUAUACUCACUGCAUAUGGAGGAUUUCUGUAACUCCCGGAGAAAAGAUUGUACUAAACUUCACCACAAUGGACCUAUACAAAAGCAGUCUGUGCUGGUAUGACUAUAUAGAAGUAAGAGAUGGAUACUGGAAAAAAUCGCCUCUACUUGGUAGGUUCUGUGGAGACAAACUCCCCGAAGUUCUUACAAGCACAGACAGCAGAAUGUGGAUAGAGUUCCGCAGCAGCAGCAACUGGGUGGGGAAAGGCUUUGCAGCUGUGUAUGAAGCAAUAUGUGGAGGUGAGAUCCAUAAAGACGCUGGCCAGAUCCAGUCUCCUAAUUAUCCAGAUGAUUACCGGCCGCUGAAGGAAUGCGUGUGGAAAAUAACAGUGGCAGAAAAUUACAAUGUUGGGUUAACGUUUCAGGCAUUUGAGAUAGAGCGCCAUGACAGUUGUGCUUAUGAUUACCUGGAAGUGAGAGAUGGAAGCAGUGAAAACAGUCCUCUGAUUGGCCAUUUUUGUGGUUAUGAUAAACCAGAGGACAUUCGAUCUACAUCUAAUACCCUAUGGAUGAAAUUUGUUUCUGAUGGGACAGUAAACAAAGCAGGGUUUGCUGCUAACUUUCUAAAAGAGGAAGAUGAAUGCGCUAGGCCAGACAAUGGAGGAUGUGAGCAGCGCUGUGUGAACACCCUGGGAAGUUAUAAGUGCUCUUGUGAUCCUGGCUAUGAGCUUGGACCAGACAAAAAAAGCUGUGAAGCUGCUUGUGGAGGUCUUUUAACGAAACUCAAUGGAACAAUCACUACACCAGCUUGGCCAAAAGAAUACCCUCCAAACAAAAACUGUGUGUGGCAGGUUGUGGCUCCCUCUCAGUACAGAAUCUCUAUGAAAUUUGAUUAUUUUGAGUUAGAAGGCAAUGAGGUGUGCAAGUAUGACUAUGUUGAGGUUCGAAGUGGCCUCUCCUCUGAUUCCAAGCUACAUGGGAAAUUUUGUGGGACAGAGGUACCUGAAGUAAUAACAUCUCAGUAUAACAACAUGAGGAUUGAAUUUAAGUCUGACAACACAGUAUCAAAAAAGGGCUUUCGGGCACACUUCUUUUCAGAUAAAGAUGAGUGCUCAAAAGACAAUGGUGGCUGCCAACAUGAAUGCAUUAACACCAUCGGAAGCUACGUUUGUCAGUGCCGCAAUGGCUUUGUUCUUCAUGAGAAUAAACACGACUGCAAGGAAGCUGAGUGUGAACACAGAAUACACAGCCCAAAUGGAGUUAUCACAAGCCCCAACUGGCCAGACAAGUAUCCGAGUCGCAAGGAAUGUACUUGGGAGAUCAGUGCAACUCCCGGACACAGAGUAAAACUUUCUUUCAGCGAAUUUGAGAUUGAGCAGCACCAGGAAUGUGCUUACGACCAUUUGGAAGUGUUUGAUGGAGAAACAGAAAAAUCGUCAAUUUUAGGACGCCUAUGUGGGAGUAAGAUCCCAGAGCCUCUGGUUGCCACAGGAAAUAAAAUGUUUCUCCGGUUUGUGUCUGAUGCAUCAGUACAACGGAAAGGCUUUCAAGCUACCCAUUCCACAGAGUGCGGCGGCAGGCUGAAAGCAGAAGCAAAGUCGAGAGACCUGUUCUCCCAUGCCCAGUUUGGUGACAACAAUUACCCAGUGCAAGCGGAUUGCGAGUGGAUGUUAGCGACAGAGAGGGGUCUGCGCAUUGAGCUCAGCUUUCAGACAUUUGAAGUGGAGGAAGAAGCUGACUGUGGCUAUGACUUUAUGGAGCUGUUUGAUGGGCAUGAUGCGUCAGCCAUGAGACUUGGGCGUUUCUGUGGAUCAGGGCCUCCUGAAGAAAUCAUAUCCACUGGCGAUGCCAUAUUAAUUCACUUUCACACCGAUGACACAAUCAGCAAGAAAGGAUUUCAUAUACGAUACAAAAGCGUGAAAUAUCAAGACAUUCUACACACCAAAUAGCACCAAAAUCCUCUAUUAUUCUAAAAUAAUUGCUCCAUAAAGUGAGAAAAAAGACGGGAAGUAUUUUUUUACUAACGUUAUUAGUACAGACGUUUUAUAUCAUAGAUAUAAAUGAGUAUCAUAAAAUACCAGGAACAGCACUGAUCCAAAAUGGGAAGUUCUACCCCCUUUCCCCAUCCCCCCCCCACUAUAGUAGAUCUAAGAUUACUUUUUUUGGUUAAAUUUACAAAUAAAGGGCACUGCAUGCUUCUAGGGAGACAACGUGCUCUCAUACCCAACUUGACAUUUCUCAGCGAUGCCUGGAGAAUCAGUCUUUCACUUCCGCGGCAAGUCGAGCGAGGACAGCGUUACCUUCUGAUUGUUGUUUGGGAAAAUAUAACAAACACAAGAUGAGAAAUUCCUGCAGGUCACAAACUCAUCUGUUCUCCAAAUUUCUUAGACUUGGCCUUUUGUGCUUUGCAGACAGCAUAUAAUGCAAGUAAGGCUGUACACGGAAUGCAAAACCAGGAUAUUUUCAGAAACAAUUCCACAGUCUCUACUUAUUCCAUUAAACAAAAACUUUUGCAACAUUAUAAUGGCUUCAUUUCCACACAGACACUGGCUUUAUGUGGCAGGAACAGCUCUGUUCCCUUUCCUUCAGAUGGUCAAGAAUGUAAUGCUCAUUUUGUCCAUUCCAUUCAUAGUGUGACAGGAAAAGACAGGGAUUUCUUCAAUUUUUACUGUAGGUAUAAUGUCAUAUGUUUUAACUUGCUGUUAUUUUGCACAAAAUAUGAUCAGGGACAUGUUGGUCUUUGGCAGUUCUGAUUCCUGAUACUUUGGAGGAUAUUGGAACCUAGUAGCUAAUAUGUUCAACUAAAUCUAACCUUAACAAACAAGAAGAAAUUGCUGCAAUGGUUUUAUCAUUGGGUAUCACUACUUACAGUGGCUGCUAUAUUGCCAAGUGUGUUGCUAAUUUAAAUUGAAACCCACGAAAUACAGACCAUGCCUGUAGUGUGAUGUAAAUCUAAAAAUGGCUGUGUGUAGCAAUGUAUCCUUAGCUGUUGGACUCAACCUUAAGCUGAUAUUGCAAGAUAUCUCCAAUGGUGCUAUUCCUUAAAUGUUAAAAAGAAGAAGCAAAAUGAUCGAAACUGACCAAGAAUAAGACCUUGCAACACAUGAAUGUCUUGCCACACCCAGCUGCGUCAGAAUUCCUACACAGAUUGGAUAAAGUGAUUGCAAUUGCAGCAAUAUGUCCUGUGGAACAACUAUUGCCUUAGACUCAUUGCACAUCAUAUGAUAGGACCUCUUGUGGACACAUCUGGAAUUUGACACAUCAUUUUGGCAACUUUCAAACCAUUCAUGUAUGUUAAAGAAGUAGUUAACCCUUGCUAAAGCAGCUCCUGUACAUAUAAUGAAUUGCUUUCUAUGUAGGGAUAUUUUAUGUUAUUUUGGAAUAGUUCUAUAUUAUGUGCUUUAGGACUUCUGCAGCUUUUAUCAUGAUGUAUAUGCAAAAUGUUGUUCUGUAUGAUUGUACAUGUUCUGGACGUGUGAGGUUCCUUGUGCGGUUGACCUGUUACUUUUAUGUGCCAAAUUCCCUUAUAUAUUUUUUUUGACAGUAGCAACUUUUAUUUGAAGUUGCCGAUGGCAUAAUAAAAAAGGUUAUUUAAAAUUACUGGGAAUCAAGUUGAGAAGAGAAAUGUUUUAUUAGGUAGAAGUAUUCUUUGGAUAUUAUUUGAUGUUGGUUGCUGACUACUUUGGCAUCAGACAUCUGUUCUUUCACCACAGACAUUCACUGGCACUAAUAAAUUGUUUUUUUUAUUAAAAAA